UUGAGUUUUUAGCUGUAUAGAAGAUCCAUCUGGAUCAGCCAGCAACCAGGAUGCUUCUCCCUCUGCUAGCCUCCUGGACAGCAUUCACAGGAGGAGGCCCAGGGGCAAUUCCUCCGCCAGCCAAGGGGAAGGGAGCCUUGGUCUGUGAGUUAUGCAGCCUCUUGGGCUGGAGAGGAGAUUGUUUUCAAAGCAUAGAUCCCAAGUGCCUCACUAAUUUUGGGUAUUAUUUGCAGCCUAAUAUUUCUCUUGUGAAUCACACAGCUGCAAACAAGGUGGGCACCUCUGGCUCCUGACACCUUCCAUGCAGGAGCAAAUACCAAGUGACAGUUACCACUGUAACACAGACACUGUUAUAAUACACGCACAUAUACAUACAUACAUACACAGAAACUUUAAUAAUGCAUUAAUAAAGGUAUCACCUCCAUUUUACAGAUAAACAAACUGAGGCUUUUUGCCUCAAAUAAAAGUAGCACAGCAGCACUCAAAAGUCUGAGGCAGGAGGAUCACCACUAGUUCAAGGCCAGCCUGGGCUGCAUAGUGAGACCCUGUCUCAAAAACAAAAAACAGAAAACAGCCAGCGUAGGAACUGGGGCAGACUGACACCAGAGGCUGCCUUCUUAACCUCUCCGGGAGUCCAGUUCCUAUGCUAAUAGCAAGUUGGGGGGAGGGGAGGGAGAGUGGAGCGGGGAGCGGUGGGAGAGAGGAGGGGAGGAAGGGAGGAGAGGAUAAAGCACAAAAUAAAUGGAUCCUAUAAAUACCAGCAUUAGUUCAACAAGCAUGCUGUGAAGGGCGGGCCCUCUGAGUUGCCACUGGUCCUUCUUUAGCCUGGGGAGAGGACUGGCCAGCUGGGCGGAGACGCUGCAUUUCUAUACAGUGUGGUAACUGGUAACUGUGAAACUGGACAGUUCAAUGGUGCUCAACAGAAAUUCCUGUGUUCCCAAGCACACCGAGCGUGGAAAGUUACUGAGAAAGGUCCCGUCGCAGGCCACUACUGCCGAUUUCAUUGUCACUUCGCUUUCACAAAGCCAACCUUGCUUUUACCAGACAGUUCUGCAAAAGUGAAAUUCCAGCAAAUUCACACCCUCCCUGGGCUUGAUCUGUUUUGCUUUAAAGACUGGGAAAAAAAAAAAAACAACACAAAACAAAGAAAACCUUGGGCUGAACCUAAAAUAAAAAGGGAUCCGGCCCAGAAGUUAAAAAUUUUAAACCAGAAAAUAUCCCAUCGGUAGAAUGAUGCCAAGUUUUGCUUUAAGGGCUUCACAAUAAAAUAAUUUGAAAAAAUAUUCCAUUAAAAUUUGCAGAACGAUGACUAAUGUGUUUGCGCCAGUUCGUUAAAUUAUUUAAUGGCAACUGUGGAAAAGUAGUGGCGUUAUCCCGGAAAGCGUCUGCUCUUUAAAGGCGUGACAAACAAGUACACCGCAACAGCAGAGACGGAAGAAGUGUGGCUCGGGAGGUGGGGAUUCGCGGGAGCCGCGGCUCCAGGCGGACCCUGGGGUGGGAGUGGUGCUGCCCCCAGGGGGCAGGGAAGCGCCCAGGAAGGGGUCAGGAGUCCCGGGCGGGGCGUCACCCCGUCCAGUCCCCGAGCUAGGCUGGAGGGCAGGUGACCGAAACCCUGUCCUUUGUAAUGUCCGGCCUCGGUCCGCGCCCGCGGCGCCUCCCAGCUGCCCAGAGGAUGCGGACCUGGGCUGCCCUGCAACAAAGCCAGCGGCUGGGGGACGGGGCGCCCCCGGGCCGAUCGCAGACCUCUGUGCACCCGGGGUCCCCGCGAUCCCCGGUCCCGGUCCGCGGGGGGCCUGUCCUGCCCGCCCCAGCCCACUCAGGUCCCCCGACUCCACGGCGGGCAUCUGACAAACCGAGCGCCAGGGACCCCGCCGCGGUGCGUCCGCAGUCGGCGCUGGGGCUGGCGCUGUCCCGGGCGCCCGGAGCCCCACUUCUCUUUCGGGGGGAAGAUGGCAGGUCCCGGGAAACAAAGGAAACUCGGCCCGGCCCCGAGAGCGGCGUGUGUGGCUCUCGUGUUCGGUCCGGGUCCCGUGUGGGAGUCUCCCGGCGCCUGUGCGAGCCUGCACGCC